UAGUGAUUCUAAUACAAAGUGCCGGGCAAAGAAAAAACUGAAGAAAUCCAGGGAUUACUAUGGAAAUAACUGGAAAAUUGUUUCCAGACCUCAGGAAAAGAGCAGAGAUAAUUUCAUGGAAAACUAUGGAAGAAGCAAAGAGUAUAUUCCUUUGGAUUUAAAGGGAACAAGGCUGCAGAUAACAUUCCUGUUACCAUUCCAGAUGGAUCUAAGAUUUAUUAGAACUGUGAGGCUUGUCAUGUGACCUUCCUACAGCUGCUUUUUGGUGACGUUGAUGUCAGGGUCCUGGAGGGGGAGGCAACUGGAGGCUAUCCCAGCAUGCAGUGGGCAAGGAGCAGAAAUACACCCUGGAAAGGUCACCAAUCCAUUGCAGAGUUGUACGUAGUUUGCGAUUUAAUUGGAACUGUAAAGAGGAAGUAAGUUAGGGAUGAGUAGGAAUGGGGGACAUACGGAGAAUAGGAGACUAGGAAGUCACACUGUCCUCUCUUAAAUCAAUGAGGAUUACCACUAUCAUUGUUUAUAAGGCCAGGAUCAGUAUGGAGACAAUUUUCCCCUUUCCUGUUUCUCAAUUUUCUUAUUGGUUAAUAAGACGCGAUUGACAUUUGAUAGUUAAAAGCACGCCCCUAGUUAAGUUCGUGGUUGUAAAUAACAAGAAGUUUUAGCGGUGCUCUGAACCGUGUUCAUUAUUGUCUCUGUGCAUGUGUGUGCAUACCUGAAAGCUUUUUCAGCAAAUGUGAGUAGUCCUGGAUUCAGCCUGCUGGGAAACUGGCUUUCGGUCCCUGCUGUUGACGGCGUGGUGAAAGGGAUGACUGUGGCCGACUGAGCCGGUCCCCGCUGCCUUCUCACAGUGGGAUCGGGGGAAGCGAUAGAGACGCCGUUCUCAGAGCUAGACUUCCACAGCCGUACCAGCCACCUCCCGCGGAACCACACAGACCUUAAAAACCACACCGAUCCAGAGCCUUCGAUCCAGGCAUGGCCACCAUCACCUGCACCCGUUUCACUGAGGAGUACCAGCUUUUCGAAGAACUGGGCAAGGGAGCAUUUUCAGUGGUGCGCAGAUGCGUGAAGGUGCUGUCGGGACAGGAGUAUGCCGCCAAGAUCAUCAACACCAAGAAGCUUUCCACCCGUGAUCACCAGAAGCUGGACAGAGAGGCCAGGAUCUGCAGGCUCCUGAAGCACCCCAACAUCGUGCGUCUCCAUGACAGUAUCUCUGAGGAAGGGCACCACUACCUUAUCUUCGAUCUAGUUACGGGUGGAGAAUUGUUUGAAGACAUUGUUGCCAGGGAAUAUUAUAGUGAGGCCGAUGCCAGCCACUGUAUCCAGCAGAUCCUGGAGGCUGUGCUUCAUUGCCAUCAGAUGGGAGUUGUCCACCGAGAUCUCAAGCCCGAGAAUCUCCUCCUGGCUUCCAAAUCCAAGGGAGCCGCGGUGAAGCUGGCGGACUUCGGCCUGGCCAUCGAGGUGGAGGGUGACCAGCAGGCGUGGUUCGGCUUCGCCGGGACACCUGGCUACCUGUCUCCUGAGGUUCUGCGCAAGGACCCCUACGGAAAGGCGGUGGAUCUGUGGGCGUGCGGCGUAAUCCUGUACAUCCUGCUUGUGGGAUACCCCCCCUUCUGGGAUGAGGACCAGCACAGGCUCUACCAACAGAUCAAGGCUGGGGCCUAUGAUUUCCCCUCUCCCGAGUGGGACACGGUCACCCCCGAGGCAAAGGACCUCAUCAACAAGAUGCUGACCAUCAACCCAGCCAAGCGCAUCACCGCCUCAGAGGCCCUGAAACAUCCCUGGAUCUCUCACCGCUCCACAGUGGCUUCCUGCAUGCACAGGCAGGAGACCGUGGAGUGCCUGAAGAAGUUCAACGCCAGGAGGAAGCUGAAGGGUGCCAUCCUUACCACCAUGCUGGCAACACGGAACUUCUCUGGGGGGAAGAGCGGGGCCAACAAGAAGGCAGAUGGAGUGAAGAAAAGGAAGUCCAGUUCCAGCGUCCAGCUCAUGGAAUCUUCGGAGAGCACCAACACGACCAUCGAAGACGAGGACACCAGAGCGAGGAAGCAGGAGAUCAUCAAAGUUACUGAGCAGCUAAUAGAAGCCAUCAGUAAUGGAGACUUUGAGAGCUACACGAAGAUGUGCGAUCCCAGUGUGACGGCUUUCGAACCCGAGGCCCUCGGCAAUUUGGUGGAGGGCCUGGACUUCCACCGGUUUUACUUUGAGAACCUGUGGUCGAAGAACAGCAAGCCGGUGCACACCACCAUCCUGAACCCGCACAUCCACCUGAUCGGCGAGGAGGCAGCCUGCAUCGCCUACAUCCGCAUCACCCAGUACAUCGACACCAACGGCAUGCCGCGCACCGCGCAGUCCGAGGAGACGCGCAUCUGGCACCGGCGAGACAGCAAAUGGCAGAUCGUCCACUUCCACCGCUCCGGGGCGCCCUCCGCCAUGACCAACUGAACUGCUGAAGCGGAGGAGUUGAGUGAGGCAUGUCUCCAUGACGCCAGUCAUCAGCUACCUGUGUGUGGGGACAGUGUGGGUCCCACACCUGCCUGUGGAACCCCGCCCUCCGUAUUUCAUCACUGACUUGUUUAUACCUUCACUUCAUCAACAUGAAUGCUAUGUUGCUAUCUUUAAAAUAACGUAACAGAAACAAACUAUCAUCCAUAUAUGUGUAUAUAUAUGUAUAUAUAUAUAUAUAUAUAUAUAUAUAUAUAUAUAUAGAUAAUAGUUUGUCACUUAUAUAAUUUGUUACUUUAUUUCAUCUUCCCUUCCCUCUGUUUUUGUCUUAAUUAUUAUCACUUAAGAUAUAGCGAGAUGAACUUCGGGUUUUCCGACUUUAUCAGUCAUUACCAGACUUGCUUUAACCUUCAUAUACUACUAGCAGUAACCUUUAAAACACAGCCGUUGUGACUAGUACAUGGCAGCUGUAAAACACAGUCAUAUCGCAGCAUUACCAUUGACAUUUAGCACCAGAGUGCUGGUACAUUGCGGGGUUAGCAAUUACAUAGCUGCACUAUGUACACGUUCCAACGCCCAGAUACACAUUGUACUUGAUUACUCAGACUUUUUGUCAAAUUAUAUCUUUCACACCCUUUCAAAUGCACCUGGCUGAUCACAUUGGUUUUCAAUGAAAUUUCCAGAGAUUUAACAAAACAAUGAAGAUGUGCCAUAAUGCCCCCCUUGAAAAAAAAGUGCAUCUCCCUCACAUUUUUGUUUACAUCCUAAAAUUUACAUCUUAGAUUAUAUCAAUAUGGCUCUGGUCUGCAGUACUCUCUGUGUCCUGCACAGUGAUGACAUCAUAGGCUUUUCCACCAAUUACAGUGAAACUACUGGAAAACACAGUGGACUGUCAAAUCGGUAGUCAUAAAACAAGCACUCAAUAGUCAAAAAGUUUCACUUCCAUUCCAUAUAUGGUCACAACCUCAAAUUUAACUCAAACAGUCAGGAAUAUAAAGCAAGUAUCCCAUAAAUAUUGGAAUAGGGCAAAAAUUACAUCUUGAAGAACAAUUUAGGAUGAGAAAGAAAUGGCUGUUUUCUCAUUUGAUUGUGCCUGCCCCUGCUGUAAGAAAUUAAGUAAUUUAACUGUUUUUUCAAAUUUUUACUAUAUGGGGAAGGAGAAAUGAUGGAACGACAGACAAUUCAUUUUGUAGUGUAGUGUUAUCGAAAAUGUAAAUGAUUUUCUUUCUUAUAUUCCACUUCAACUUGAAGAGGAGGAUAUGUCUUUCGCUAACUGAAUAAGUUCAGGGUGGUUUUACUGUAGCUGGGUGGUAUUGUUACUGUAUCUCUGCAGACUUCUUUAAAGAAAGCAUGGAAAGGCCAGAUCUUCUGGUCAUAAUUUACAGAUCAGGUGCUUAACCAGAAGUUAACGUGGAUGAUGAUGUGUUUGGCUUCUUUUUAUUUAAUUUUUUACCCCCAAACCCCCUACAAAAUAUUGCAUAUGUGGUGAACUUGCAUGCUAAAAACUUUGUUGAUUUCCAAAGUUCCAAAGCCUGUUUGUUUGUGUUAUGACAUUGCACAGUCAGGUACCGCCCUGGUGAAUAUGGAGGUCGAGUGAUCAACGCACUUUGUUUUUUUGUUCUUCCAGUAGAGAUGCUGAGUUCAUAGCCACUUCCCCACAGCAGCACUCUGUCUGUCCGUCCGGCUGUCUGUUCAUCUGCACAGUAACGAGGGCUUGGGUGUUUGACUGUUGACACGGCUGAGCUUGGUAGCCAGGGAGGGAAUUUUUGUGUUGUGGUAUAUAGCGUAUAUCAGGCUUCAAAACAAAAAAAAAAAAAAAAGCAAUUUGUUAAAGGCCAAUGAAACUAUCCAGAGAUUUUUUGCAAUAAAAUAUAUGGGUGUUUUUGUUGUUGUUGUUGUAUAGGCCGGCGUUUUCACAUUCAGAUUUUACAGUGGAGUGUAAAGUGGCGUUUUGUUUGGAUUCAAAGUUUUUCAACUGCCUGCUUUUUGUUGCCAUGGUUUCCUUCUUUGCUUCCGCUCGUUAACACAGGUACCAUGAUGCCACAUCUGCAUUGCAUGGAUUUUAUUUUUUUCCCCCUCAAUAAUGCAAAAUGAACGCAGGAGUGUAUUGUUCUAAAUAGAUGAUAUUAUAAAUCUUGUUUUAAGGCCAGUUGGGGAGAGAGGGGUGUGUGUACGUUUGGACUAAGACUUAAAAGCAGCUGUAGUCUGAAAAAUAUUAAGCAGCAUAGAUAUGCCUUUUACCUAUAAUGAAUCUUGCAUUGUUGUAUAACUGUGGACUCACAGAUGAACAACUGAAUAAUAUAUGCAUUCAGGGACAGAGAGCCACACAUUUUGAAUGUCCCACUGUAUGUACAGUAUAAUGCACUACAAUAGAUUGUAGAUGAGAGUGUGUUACAUUUGACAUGGUGAAUACCAUCGUAGGCUUCCCGAAUAUGAUAGUACAGUACCAUUUUAAAAAAGUUACUGCUAGGAAAUGAACCACUACCUGAAGAUGUACAGGAUUCCAUGACCUCUUUCGUAGACACUCGUUGUACAUAUUGCUUGUUUUGUAGUCGACAUUGAUAUUUUAUAUGGCUUAUUAUACAGAUUGUAUAAUUGUUUUAUAUGAUAGUUUUAGUCUCCAGUGUGAAAAUGGACACCGUCGCUUUGAUAUGAAAACUUCCAGCCAAUCAGCUGUCAGGCUUUGUUGCUUUUCUAUGUGCCAGUGAACGCAUCCUUGCAAAGUGUUAGGAGAUUAUUUUGAAGUUUGAGUAUUAUGAACAUUGAGAUUAUAUUUAUUUAAUAGCGACCAGUAGAAUGCUGAGAAUAAACCUGCAGAUACACUGGUGUCAAAAAAUGUACAGCUCUUCUUGUUUAUGUUCACUGCAUGGAAAAAAUUGUUCUGUACCAAUGUAAAAGUGUGCUUUAUUUUUAAGAAAGAUUGAAAGUCAUCUAAAUUAGAUUAUUGAUGUUAGGAGUUGGAGUCGGAUGUUGGGGGGUGAGACAAUGCUGUUUUUGACUUCUUCUGGAAGUAAAUAAGUGGUAAAUGCAUACUUUAGUCAUUUAAUUAAUAUUAUUUCAACAAGAAAGUCUGAAAAUAGUUUGGAUAUCCUUACUGGACUAUUAACUUGACCCGGCGGACACAUUGAUGUGAGAAAAGCUCACCCAACUUUUGUGGAUGUGUUUAAAAAAUUAAAAUAAAAAAGUGUUGUUGACAUGUCAGUAAACACACUUACUAACUCAGUGGUGACUUGAACUUGCUAAAAACCAAGUUGGAUUGCAAAGCUGUCUCAACAGCUUUAAAUUACAUUUCCUGAUGAUCUAGAGUUCAAAAAAAGAAAUCCAGGAAAGACUGGAGUUAUAAACAGAAACUCAAAAUUGGGCCAACCUCCUAUAUUGUGUUUAUUUUCUUUCUCCUUAAGUAUGUAACAUUUUCUAAAUUAAUCAAAUAAAACUGUUUAAAAUAAGCCAUUUCAAUAAUAAUAAUAAUUCCACAACAAAUUUGUAUGAAACUAGAAGCAUUUCAAAUAAUACAGUGCUGUGAAAAAGGUAUUUGCUCCCUUCUUGAUUUCCUCUAUUAUUGCAUAUUUGUCACACUGAUUGUUUGACAAAGGGAACCCGAGUAAAAACAAAACAUUUUUAAAAAUUAUUUCAUUUAUUUAAUUGAAAAAAUUAUCAAACACCUACAUCACCCAUUUGAAAAAGUAAUUGGCCCCUUAACCUUAAUAACUGGUUGCACCACCUUUAGCAGCAAUAACUGCAGCUAAACGCUUCCUAUAAUUUGAUAUCGGUCUUUCACAUCACUGUGGAGGAGUUUUAGCCCUCUCUUCUUUGCAGAAGUGCUUUAAUACAGACAAAUUGGUAGGUUCCUUAGCACAAAUUGCAUCUCUAUUGGGUUCAAGUUAGGACUUUAACUAGGCCACUCCAAAACUUUCAUUUUGUUUCUUUUCAGUCAUUCAGAUGUGGACUUGCUUUUGUGUUUUAGAGCAUUGUCUUGCUGAAUAACCCAAUCGCACUUCAGCUCACAGACAGAUAACUUUAACAAAGUUCUGGUACAAAGCAGAAUUCAUGGUUCUUUCUGUAAUGGCAAGUUGUCCAGGUCACAAGGCAGCAAAACAUCCCCAUCACCAUGUUUGACUGUUGGUAUGAUGUUCUUACUGUAAAAUGCUGUAUUUGCUUUAUGCUAGACCUAAUGGGACCUGUGUCAUCCAAAAAGUUCUCAUCUGCCCAUGGAACAUUAUCCCAAAAGGCUUUUUUGCUAAAGUGAGACGAGCAUUGAUGUUUAUCUUGAGUAGCAAUGGUUUCCACGUUGGUACUCUCCCAGGAAUCCCUUUUUUUUUUCAGUCUCUUUCUUAUUGUGGAAUCUUUAACUCUGAAAUUAGCUGAGGCAGUUCUUUGGAUGUUCUUCUAUGAUCUUUUGUGACAUCCUGGAUGAGUUGUUGCUGCAUCCUAGGAUUUUGGCAGGCCAGCCACAACUGGGAAGAUUCCUCUAUGUUCCAAGUGUUCUCCAUUUGGAGAUAAUGGCUUUCACUGUGGUUGAAGUCCCAGAGCCUUAGUAAAGGCUUUGUAACCCUAUACAGACUGAUAUAUUUCAACAACAAUUUCUUUUGAUGGGAUAGUGCGGUUGUAGAAACUUUGUGGUGAAUACUUCACUUUGAUGGUAAGGUUCAAUAUGAGUGAGGUUUAGAUGCAGGGCUGACUACAAUCAAGCCUGGCUGUGUUCAGUCAGCUUAAUCUAAUAAAUGAAUUGAUCAUUUAAAAAAAAAAAGUGAUUUGUGUUUACUCAGUUUCCCUUUGUCUAAUAUUACAUUUUCUCCAAUGAUCUGAAACCGUUCAGUGUGACAAAUAUGCAGUAAUAGAGGAAAUCGGGAAGAGGGCAAAUACUUUUUCACGACACUAAGUAAUCCUGCUUCCUGAAUGACAGAUGAUUCUCAUGAGUAGUGUGAGCUUCCUGGUGGAUUCUUGGAGAUUGUAUUUGAAUAAAUUGUUUCUUCAAAUAAAUAAUCUCUCAAUCCUCAACACAAAGUCAAAUUAUUUUACACCAUGGAAAGUUGUAAGGUAAAUGAAGCUAGUUCACUUUUAUAAUAUAAUUAUUCAGUUUUGUUUUCAAUUAUGUGGAUUCUCAGUGUACAUUGAAGCAAAGGGUGUAUUUUUUGUUUUUUGGAAUUAGAAAUUUGGCUCUGCUUGAUCCUUGUAAAAAAAAGGGAUAAAAAAUCUUCAUAAAAAUGCUAAUUGCUGUAUGAGAAAGGUACAGUAGGUGAAUGGAACAAGGUAUCACACAGUGUGAUUGGCUCGGGGCCCAUGAAGUAUAACCUAACACAUCUCAUAGGAUGAUACAUCCGUCAUUUAUUCCUUGUGAACACCCCCCCCCCCCUUUUUUUUUUUUUAUUCUGGUCAUUCUGUACAUCUUGCCUUGUGUAAAAAUACAGUUUGGUCUAUAAGUAUUUGGACGGUGACACAAUUUUUGUUGUUUUGGCUAUGUACUCCAGCACAGUGGAUUUCAAAUAAAACAGUGAAUAUGAGGAUAAUUGCUGACUGUCAGCUUUAAUCUGAGGGUGUUUACAUCCAUAACAGGUGGUUGGUGGAGCAAUUACAGAAAUGUUUAAACAUUGUCCCCUAUUUUAAGGAACCAAAAGUAACUGGACAAACUAACAUAAUCUUAAAAUAAGUUUAUAUAAUAUUUUGCAAUUGGAUGCAAACCCUUCGCAUUCGAUGACUGCCUGAAGUCUGUGCCCUGUAGACAUCACCAGACACUCAACAUCUUCCAUGGUGGUGCUCUGCCAGGCCUGCACUGCAGCCAGCUUCAUUUCUGUGUCUGUUUUAGGGGCUUUUUGUCUUCAAUCUUGUCUUUAGUAAUUGAAAUGCGGGUUCAGCUGGAUUCAGGUCGACUGAUUGAUUUUGCCAGUCAAGAUCAUUCCAUUUUCUAGCCCUGACAAACUCAAAACCGUGGUUGCUUGAGCUGUGUGUCUGUGGUCAUGAUCCUGGUACAAGGUGAAGUGAUGUCCAAUGAUUUUUGAGGCAUAUGGUCAGAUCUGAGCAGUCAAGAUGUUUCUGAACAUUUCAGAAUUCCUCCUGCAGUUGCCAUCAGCAGUCACAUCAUCAAUAAAGACAAGUGAGCCAGUUCCAGUGGUAGCCAUACAUGCCCAAACCACAACACUACCGCCAUAUUACCUAAAUAUAUGUUUCAUAUAUGAGGUGGUAUGCUUUGGAUUAUGCAUGCAUUUGUAUCAUGGAUCAUUUCCUUUCUUUCUCCACACUUUCCUCUUUCCCACAUUUUGGUACAGGUUAUACUAAUCUGAUAUGUCCAUAAGACAUUGUUCCAGAACACUGUAUCUUUUCAUGUACUUCCUAGCAAACUAACCUGGCCAAUCUGUUCUUGAGGCUUACCAGUGGUUUGCAUCUGGCAAUGGUUAUGCUGUUGAAGUCUUCACUUUAUAGUAGUCUUUGACACAUGUAUGCUUUCAUCCUGGAGAGUGUAUUUGAUCUGUUUGACAGUUGAAAAGGGUUUUGUUCCUUACAAUUGAAGGUAUUCUUUGGUCAUCCACUACUGUAGUCUUCCAUGUUUUGGCUCCCAAUGUUUUGGCUAUGCCUCUGAUUUAUUCUAAUUUUCUGGCCUUGUGAUGGCCUGCUUUACUGGCAUUGACACUUCUUAGGUCCUCACGUUGAGAGACAGUAGAAACUGACUCCAAAUGCAAAUGCCACACAGCUGGCCAAGGCACAGCAAAGCAGCCAAUUUUCAAAUUAUUUUGGUCCCCUUAACGUAAUUCCUACACAUAUUUCCUGAUAAGGAUGUAAACGCCCUCAAAUUAAAGAUGACAGUCUGCGCUUUGGCUUCAUAGGCUUUUUUUUUUUUCAUUUGAAACAGGCUGGAGUACAGAUUCCAAACAUGAAAACAUUUUCACUGUCCAAAUACUUUUGGACUGUGGUGUAUAUGUAUAAUCCUUCUGGGAGGCCUUUGAAUGCUUCAUGAAUUUCACAUAGGAAUCUGAAAUGAAUGGAAAAGGCCAAACAAACAGGACUAAGGUAUAUUAUACUCGCUUUUGAUCUAUCACAGAGCAUACACGUUUACAGGAUAUGCGUACUGACUGACCAAUCUAAUUUUAUUUAUGUUCAUACUUUUUUUUUUUUUUUUUUAAUUUCUCAGCAUUCUCAUUUAGCACAUGUGACAGACUACAUUAGAGAGAAAGAACUGAAGUUUUAGCAGGUAAUGACACAAAAUCCAUGAGAAUGUAGAUUAUCAGGAGGAAAACAGAAUCAAAUAUCACAUCUUGACAUUUAAAAAGAAACGUAUUUGAGCCACGGUGGUUCAUGGGCACAUUCAGACAGACCGAUUUCAUGUGCUGCGAUGCAACAGUGUAUGUGCUGCAUGAUAGGUCUGUGCUUGAGAAGACAGAAAUCAUGAAUCAAAAACUCUCUUCUUAGUGUAAAGGAUAGAGAAUUCCUCCCUGAAUCCUCUCAUGGCAACCAAAGAUGAUGCCUCAUAAUUUUGGUUCAUCAGAGAAUUCAGCUAAUUAAACACACACACACAUGCACACACACACACACACACACACACACACAAACACACACAGGUACAAUAACAAGAUAACUUCUCAGGAAGACAGAGAGCAUGUCACCGCAAGUCGGUGUGAAGAAAAAAGAAAAAAAAAAAAAACUCACUUCAGUGCUUUCAUGAUACUUCCUGUGUAAAGAGCUACUGGAGGAGAGAGAGUGCAAAGUGCAUUUGUGUCAAAAACACAUGAGAAAGUGAAGCAAAAAGAGUAACUAAAAUAAAUGAAAAGGGAUGGGAUAAGAUUUUACUUUGAAGCUGUAUUUGUAAUUGUGAAUUGAAUGACUGCCUUAUGUACACACAAUUAUAAUUUGUUGUAAUAUUUUCUUUUUUUUUUGUAGGUGACCAAUAUUGUUAUCUUUUGUACCACUUCAGAAUGAGAGUGGUUUAAUAUCCAGGUUUCACUGUCUUUCACUCAGAACUAUUAUAUUAUUGCAAAAAUGAAAAGUAUAUACUUAAUGGUGUUUUCAUAAAUAAAGCUGUAUUUACCAACCGC